AUGUUUUUCGGGAUAGCGCUUCUUCUGAUAGGGGUCUCUGCCAAUCCAGUGAUUCCAAGACAGGAUGCAACUCCUACUACCACCAUAGCCCAGGUUGGUAAGCCUGGUAAAUGCACCAGCUCGACCAGUAGCCAGUGGUUGAGCAUCUGCGACACGACUAUUUUCUGGCCAACAUCGACAAACUACUUUUACGGCCCGACCAAAGGCGCUAAGGCGUCUGCCGUCACUUGUAAUGCUAAAUGGGUCCAAUUUAAUGGGCGCGCUAGUGAACUAGAGUCCCUAGGUGCAACAUCCACGUCCACGGUUUAUUCAUCCUAUGUCACCAGCACCGGAGCUUGUCACACUGAAGUCCGGGGCGAAGAUCUACAUGAUACGCAUACCGGCCCGGUUACGACUCUCUGUGAUGGAGUGACACGCGCUCUAGGCCCUCAAGAAUCUAUAACCUACUACUGGCCGGGAACAGGUCCCUGUAGUUCCUACAUGCUCACCGAGACUACAACUACAUUAGUCUAUCGAUCGCCUGCAGCGACUCCUGGAUGUAAACUAAAUACCCAGGACUGUAUCCCCAUCUGGAAGACCUAUAGCAAGCUUUCGAGUGCCUAUUAUUCCUCUAUCACGACUGAAGUACCUGGAGACAUUCACAGUCCUAUCCGACCAGAAAGCUGCCCAACUACCACACGAGACUACUCUGAUCCUGAUGUAUGCAAUAAUUGCCACUACCUCCCGGAUACAGCAACUCUUUUUUACUGGCCAGUGACGACCACUGGAGAAACAUGUCUGCAAAGCGGAACCACCGUCACUGCCACACCAACGGGAGAUGGGCCCAAUACCGCCGUUGUCGACGGGAAAACAUUUAUUUCUCCAAGCCUUUACCUUUCCUUUACCAGCAUCUACGCACGCAGUAACCAGCGUGCCCACCCUGGUGGCCCCUGUGGCGAUGACCACGAAAAUGUGAUUGUUUCUGUUGCCCCAGAAGCGAUUACAUCAUUCCGUCACCAUAUCAACGCGAAAUAUCCCACGAUUGGAACCGCAUAUCCGUUCAAUCUGGCUGAAUAUCAGCCGCAUCAAGUCGGAAAUUAUACCAUGUCUCUCAUCCCAUGGGAACAAUACCUUGGCGGGUCUCAGUGUUUGUCCGGAGGUGGUGGUUGCAGCAUGAUUCGCGAUGACUAUCUUCCGUGGCUUGAAAUCCCAGAUGUUAUGACGCAGGUUGAUCCUCUGUGGACCAAUUGUCACCGGUCCUGGUAUAUCCCACCGGUCAGUCUAGUGCCUCUGGGAGGUAGCGGUAGCAUUGAGUCCAAACCUACGGACAAGGCGGAGGCGAGCAAGUCCUUGGCUACUCCGGCAGUUCCUUCGUCGGGACUUGCUGCUCCUACUCCGGAGGCUACCUGA